AUGCAAGGCUUUGUCAAAGACCGACAAAACACCAACAGCCCGCAUAAUGCUCUAGCCAAUGCCCAACACGUACCCAAGACUGACCGGCAAGCUGUUGGUGCUAAUGCAAGGGUAUCAAUCAAGAAUGGACUCCCUUCUCAGCGGCGCACACCAGUGUCUGGAGCUCUGGGACGUGGGUCUGCCAACGCUCAGAACAGCUCAGCUGUCCUGCAGAACCCCCGACGCGUUCAUUCGGCUCAAGGUCACACUCAAAAACGUGAUCCCUACGAUACUGAUGCAGAAAGCCUAGACACAACCAUCGACCAAUCUGUUGUUCAGUUAGAGGGUGGCCCACAAAAUGAGCAACAUUAUCAUCAGAAUGAGCAAGUCUUUGGCCUUGAUGUGAGUGGCGAUGUCGGAGAAAGCAAUCCGGGCUCCGAAGAGCCAGAGCAUCCUUACGAAAAGGAAAACCAAGGCAUUACCCAAGAUGAUGAGGAAUUUCUUGAGGAAAAUGGACUCAGUCAUAUAGACCAAGCUCAAAAGGUUGCAUUCCUGCGGCAAGCGGGACGAUUGGAUCUGCCAAAUGUCGAGGGCGAUUCAUACCCAACUACCACUAACGGCGAGCCUUCUGAAUUGGAUGGUAUGCAGCAGCUGCCGUCAGAUUAUCGUUAUGAAGACCGUCAAAGCUCUCCAUUCCGUCAGCACUUCAACGUCAAGCAUGAGCCUGGCCAGCCAAAUGUGCUGCAGGCAACCCACCGCCAACAGAAACUGCAUAUGCCAGCCCCGAGGCAGAGCCUUUCUAAGCCUUCGCAGCUGUUUGAACAGUCUGCACAACUCCGCGAUCAGACACGCGCCAAUGCGCCUACUGUGCAACAACCUAGGCAAAACAUUCAGCAACAUCGUGUCGUUCCUCAGUCCGGCCAGCCACCCGUUCACAAUCAGCCUAAUGCAGGCGUUACUCCUGCUGGUUUUUCAAUGUUUGCAAAUCCCUACCAGAAUACCCAUGUGGAGGCCAAUAAUCAGCAAUAUGUCCAUCGUCAACAACCUGGUCCUUCCUAUGUUCAGUUCCAGUUCGAACCCGUAAAGUCAAUGGAGCCACCUGCACCCGUAGAGUACCCCUUUUCAGCGCAAGCGAUACCCAAACAAACAAGCUAUCAACCACCAAUCGAGCAAGUUGCAAUUGAAGAGCCUCAGACUAUUCAAAUCGAAGAUUACGACCCCGAGACGCUCUUUAACAUGAAGUAUGAAAGCCUCAAGAAUGAAAGUUUCGACACCGAUCCGCGUGCUAAACCUCCUGUUCUGACUGAGGAAGAUGCUCAGAAAUCUCUACCUGAGCGUCUUGUCCUGGUACAGAAGAACCUUACCCCAGACAAGCAAGCCAGUUUCUUUUCCUCGCUCCCUACUAGUGAAUGGGAGGAUGCUGGGGAUUGGUUUCUUGAUCAGUUCCAGACUAUCAUUCAGCGUACGAAGCAAGCGAGGCAGAAAAAGCGUAAGCUUGUGCAAGAGUUUGAAGAAGAAGUCGAGAAGCGACAUAGGCAUGUGGCGAAGAAGCAACAGCAGGUCGAGCAGGCGAUGGAGAAGAUGAAAACCCAAGGUGAGAGCCUAGUACCUAGAAGCCCGAGGCCUUCGAAGAGCCCUAGACCCAGGAGAAACUAA